AUGGCUACGAUGACAGAGGAGAUUGUCUUGACUGAAAGGGUGGAAGAGGCCGCUCCAGCAUCGAAGAUCGAUUCCAAUGCCCAAGUUAGAGAUGGAGGUUCUCAUGAAGAGCAGCCAGUAUACCCACAUGGAUUCCACUUCGCUCUAAUCUCUGCUUCCCUGGUGCUCACUGUGUUCUUGACGGGACUGGAUGAAACUAUCAUAACAACUGCAGUGCCCAAAAUCACGGAUGAAUUCCACUCCAUCGCUGAUGUUGGGUGGUAUGGGUCUGCGUUUCGGCUGGCAUCCAGCAUGUCCCAGCUUCUUCAAGGCAGAGUAUUCGAUCAGUUCUCCGUAAAAUGGGCAUUUCUACUUCACCUCAUCGUUUUUGAAGCUGGCGCUAUCAUCUCCGGCGCUGCCCCUUCCUCGCUGGUCUUCAUCAUCGGGCGCGUCAUCAGCGGACUUGGCUUUUCGGGUAUAAGCCAGGGCUGCAUGGUGAUCAUUUCCAUGACUAGACCCUUAAACAAACGUCCCAUCUACAUCGGAGCCAUCAGCGCAAGCGAGUUCUGCGCGACUGCCAUCGCCCCUAUCAUCGGCGGUGCCAUCACUUCCUCCUUAUCAUGGCGAUGGUGUUUCUACCUUAACGUGAUAGGCUCCAUCCUGCCUGCCAUUACCACUCUGGUGAUAUUCAAGAGCCCCUCGGGCAGGAUCACCCAUGGCGUAAGCCACGUUCAACGCCUCAAGCAAAUAGAUUUCGCCGGAAUGGUUCUCUUCGCAGCAGGCCUACUAACCCUUCUCUUAUCGAUUCAAUGGGGCGGAGACACCUACAGUUGGAGCAAUGACCGCAUCAUUGCAUUGCUAACGAUAUCACCCAUCUUCUUUGUCGUUUUCUUGCUCGUACAGGUGAAGAAGCAAGACUUCGCUAUGCUUCCUUUACGACUCCUAAAACAGCGCUCAAUCCUCUUCGGAGCCCUGUUCAGUCUAGCCCUUCAGGCCGUGAACGGCAUUGCCUCCUACUACCUCUCCCUCUGGUUCCAAGUAGUCAGAUCCGCUACCCCCCUGCAAUCCGGCCUCAUGCUCCUCCCAAUGGUAAUAUCCAUCCUCCUCGCCAGCGUCAUCUCCGGCUACGCCAUAACAUACAUAGGAUAUUACGUGAUCUUCAUGAUCCCUGCCGGACUCAUCACCCUGGCAGGUGCCAUCAUGACGACCUACUUCGAAAAGGACACCCCAGCCACAUUCUGGAUCCCUGCUCUCGCUCUCCUCGGCUUUGGGAUCGGCCUGGGAAUCUCCGGACCCUUUCUAGCUGUCCAAGCUAUCCUCCCGGAGAAAGACACGUCCGUCGGACUAGCUAUCAUGUCUUUCUCGCAGGAGUUUGGCAUCGCGCUGUCCCUGGGUAUCGCGCAGUGUUUGUUCUUGAAUAAAUUGAAGGAGAGUAUUGAAGCUAUCACGCCGUAUCUGGAUCCAGAGAGUGUGAUUAAUGCGGGGGCAACGAGUUUGGUGGGGACCGGGUUGGAGAAGUAUGCAAGUCUCAUUGCAGAGGAAUAUAGUAAGGGGUUGAGGGUCACAUUUGUAUUUGGGGCGGGGAUGGCGGGCGUGGUGUUUGUUAUGGCUUGUUGUAUGGAGGUUAGAUCGGUCAAGUAG